ACUAAGAGGAGGUGUGAGUGAAGUACGUUUGGGCUGUCAUAAUUGUGUGGUUGUUUUUGGAUAACAUAUCCCGAUUAAGCAUACAGAAAUAUGCCCCUGUUUGUAAAGGAGUUCUCGCAAGUGACUCCGAUUUAGACAGCAAAGUAUUUUAUUACUACUUUUUUUUUUUCUUUUUAAUUCAACAAGUGCCCUAUUCUUUCACGGGGAGAUGAAGGCAACCUGGCCUGACUGUUGCGUCAUUGAGUGAAGAAGAAGACUCUUUACAGAAAACGGCAACAUAGAAAAAGUCUUCUUAUUAGCAAGGACUGUGAAAAAGCUUACCCAUCAUGAGCAAACAGGAAAGAAACGUUUGCGUGCAGCUGCCCAGUAAAGAACAGCUGAACAUUGCAAUAGGAUGCCAUUGGACUUUCAUUGUCGUUAUAAGGUGGAGCACAUAGUGCAGUCUCAAAAUGAAGACUCCCAACUAAAACUUAUAAAAAAGGUGAAAGCUACAGGUAACGAACUCUUCAGCAGAGUGUGUGAUUUUUUGAAAAUAAAGGACCCUCACUUUUUUGGUCUAAGUGUUGUACAAAACGAUGAACACAUAUUUAUUGACUUGGAGCAAAAGCUCACCAAAUACUUUCCAAAGGAAUGGAAGAAAGAAGCUAGUAAAGGAACAGGCAAAUGUGGGCCACCUUUCCUUGUCUGCUUCCGAGUUCAGUAUUAUGUGGAAAAUGGAAGAUUAAUAAGUGACAAGACAGCGAGAAGACAUUACUACUGCCAGGUGAAGGAGCAGGUUCUGAGAUCUGAGUGCACUCACAAGGAGGAAGUCUACUUUCUCCUUGCAGCUUAUGCACUCCAAGCUGAUCUGGGAAGCUUCAAGAACAAUGUGCAUGUGGGGAAGUACUUUGAGCCUCAAGCAUACUUUCCGCAGUGGAUAAUUGCGAAAAGAGGAUGCAAGUACAUCCUGAAGCACGCUCCAGAAAUCCACAGCGAACAGCAGGGGCUGACAGCCAGGGAGGCACUGCUGAAGUUCAUCAGAGAGUCCUGCCUGUUAGAAGAUGUGCCUGUCCAUUAUUACAGACUGCACAAGGAUAAGAAAGAUGAAUGCGCCUCCAUUGUCCUGGGGCUGACUCUGAAAGGAAUGCAUAUUUAUCAGGAGUUGAACAACAUGCGUCAGUUGCUGUAUGACUUCCCUUGGUCGAACGUUGGCAGACUCACUUUCCUGGGGAAGAAGUUUGAGAUCCAGCCAGAUGGUCUUCCCUCGGCCAGGAAGCUGGUCUAUUACACAGGCUCUGCUUUCAGAUCCAGACACCUCCUCCAGCUCCUCAGCAACAGCCACCGACUCUAUCUGAAUGUCCAGCCAGUGCUCAAGCAGAUCAGAAGGGCUGAGGAGACCCAGGAGAAAAAGCGCUACCGGGAGUCGUACAUAAGCGACACCCUGGAGAUAGACCUGGACCCGCUGGACAAGCGUUCCCACGGCAGCAGGAGCAGCCAAGGAAGCGCCCGCAACAACCGACUCUCCCGCCACUCCACCAGCAGCCAUGGCAGCUCCGGCAUCGAGGCCGACUCCCGGCACCGCAUCUCUGUGGAGAUGGCCGUGGACGAGCCCUUCUCUAUGGAGCCCGCACACAAGUCCUUCAGCUCCGUCAUCAGCCAUGGCAGUUCGCACACCUCAGGCAUCGAGUUGGGCAGCAAGGACCGGGCAGAGGACGACUCGCAGGACGACGAAGUGGAGCUGGCCGUGGACGACCCACAGGAAAUGUCCCGUCUGGCAGAGCUGAUCGAAGGCGUGUCUGUGGAUUCCCCCGGGUUUAACCAGGAGUUCUACUGGAAGGAUAUUGACAGUCAACCUGUUAACACAUCUGAGUCGCUGGUGAAACUACGAAGCGUAGAUUCCCUUGAGCAGGUCGCAAAGUCGAAACCCAGGAGCUCUGCAGACAGGCACAGCCAGAGUUUAGAUGAUGUUCGGCUUUAUCAGCAGACCCCGUCCCUGAGUGCCUGCUUGAAUUCGGACACCUCUCAGAGCUACACGUUCGGCUGUGGAGACCAGGAGAAGGAGGCUCAGUGCUGCUAUUCCUACUCCACGUCGGGCUGUCAAACCAAGCCAACGUUCUACGGGAAGAGGUCUAUGCACUGCCUUUCGCUGGACCUGCUGGGGGAUGAACAGCUGCUUGAGUUUGUUGUCUAAUUCAAGGGACAGAGAGCAGCGAUUCUGAAUACCCAGGACACUUCUGAAAACUCACGGCCUGCAACUGAUAUAAACCUCAGGAAAGUGAUGCCAGUGCCUCUGUGUUAGCUGUCGAGGAAGAGCUGCCUGAGGGACAAGUCUACAAUGAGCACAAUUAAAGGAAAUCCCUACAUAUCUUAGAUCUAACUGAACAUGAACUGAACCGUAUAUGUGUGUAUGUAUGUGUAAUAUAUACACACCUACCUUCUGACACAUUUGCAUGAAAUAUGAAGCGGUUUUGCUAAAUUUGUAGUUGUUCUCUUGGAGAACAGUGCAUGUAUACAGUGGCCACUAUAGAAUUAAAACACCUUAUGCCUGUGUAGGCAGGGUUCAGAUCUCUAGUUAAUUGAUUUUGCUGGUCUCAAGCUAUUAGUGAACAUUAGUUUGCAUCACAAAACCACCACACAAUUCGGCACAAUUGGCAGUCACAUGGAAGAGGCCUGGGACUGUGUGGCACGGUGUGUUCCGGUCAGGAUGGAGGUAUUGUGGCAUUAUGGGAGGAUGAUCCUAUAGUGCCUUUCUACAACAUGCCUGACUAUAGCCAGUGUCAUUGUCCCUCACCUUUCUUGAGCACUGAAUUCACAAGCAAAAAUAAAACAAAAAAAGUGUUAAAUACUAUAGGUAUGCAAAGUUGUAAGACCCUCAGAUGCAUUUUGAUGUUCAUUUAUAGGGUCUAUUUUAAUUAUGUAAACCGUUAUAUUUAAAUAGUGUCAUCUUUAUACCACUAAAACCGAUUUUUUUGUAAUAUUAAUGGGUGGGUGAAUAAAUGAGCCCGGGGGGGACGGACAUACCUUACUUCAUUCACGUACAGUACUUGAAUCCAAUGCUGUUCAUGUCAUUAAAAUAGAUGCAUGUAAAUGCUGUCCAACUUGUGUCAGUAUUAAAGCAUGGACUUCUAGAUCAUAACUUGUCUUGCAGUUAAAGCAAUGACUUCUAUUUUAAAAUGAAGUGUAUGUAUACUUUAAAUACCAGUCUAUAGUUGUAUGAAUUUACUACUAGAACUGUUGUAUGUAAACCAGAGUAUAGUACUAGGAGAGCUUGGAGUGAAUGUGAUGGACAGUGAAGGGUUAGGUUUGGUUUAUAUAUAUGAUAUAGUACUGGGAGAGCUUGGAGUGAAUGUGAUGGACAGUGAAGGGUUAGGUUUGGUUUAUAUAUAUGAUAUAGUACUGGGAGAGCUUGGAGUGAAUGUGAUGGACAGUGAAGGGUUAGGUUUGGUUUAUAUAUAUGAUAUAGUACUGGGAGAGCUUGGAGUGAAUGUGAUGGACAGUGAAGGGUUAGGUUUGGCUUAGCUGCUAAACGGUGUUUUAUACUGAAAUGAAGGAAAGAAAAGAGCAAGGAUUAAUUAUAAAGUGCAAGAGAAAGAAGGCAGCAGUCAUUAUUAAAAUGAGUGCCAAGUUCGGGUGAUGUACCCUCCUGGUAGGUAGGGAUGAAGAAAGGUUUGACUACACACUGUAACAAUAAUUGGAGACAGGCAAACUGCUCCCCCUGGUGGUGUAAUGGGCAACAUUGUUUUGUAACCGUUUUUUUGUGUGUGUGUGUGGUGUAUGUGCCUAAGUUCAGUAUAUGCCAUUAUGUGCCUAAGGUCAGUAAACUUGUAUUUAAAACAGUUCCUACUUACUGUAAAGUGUUUUGAAUGAAGGUCUACCUAUACUUACAAUGGAACCUUGGGUAAUGUAAUCUGAGAUUAGUGCAGACCAGGCCUAAACCAGGUGAUUAUUCUAUUUAUUUUUCGUACCAUGGAUUUCAUUUAUUUAAAAUAGUGGUCAUUUAGUUAUCUCGGUGUUUUGACUGAAAUGAGCUUAUCAAUUAAGUAACCCAGUUUAUCUUUGCUAAAUGGAAUAUAAGAUAGGGUGCUGGAUAGUGCAAUAUUGUAAAGUUCCACAAGAGGGCCGAGUGGUUGUGUUCAGCACCCUAUUGUAAGUUUUAAUGUACUGUGAUAACUACAUUGUCAUUGCCAUGCUAAACAAGCCAUGCGAUGUUAAUACAUUUUAGACGGUUGUAUCACACUGAAAUCUGUGGCCAAUGACUGUACAUUUUAUAAUCUGUUUUCUUACUUCAAAAUGUGACUAUUUGAAGUGUUGUAAGGUUUAGUGUUUUUUUGGGGGGAGUUUGUACUAUCAGCGUCUAUUACUUUGUUAACCGCCCAUAUGUUAUUUAUUGAUAUUUAGCAAUGAAAAGAGGAUGAAGCUGCUGAAAAUAAAUUGCCUUCAUUUUUGUUCAAAUCUAACAAGCCAGCGCACGCCAGUAUUGAAUGGAAAAACUGUGAGCCUGUAUAUUACUGUAAUUUUUCUACACAUUUUUUGCAAGACAAACCUUCUGUAUCUCGAACAUCAUUUUGUAUCUCGUAUAGAUUAAUUACACACAGCGUUUUAUAACAUGCUGAGGAUUCAAGUUAGUGUAUCUCUAAUGUAUACAUUCCAUUGCAAAAGAACAAAGAGGUUCUCUCUAUAUAUCUUUCUCCUUUCAGUGAAAGGAAACUUUGUAUUUCUAUACCCGUAUAAUAAA